UUUCAGGGGGGAAAAUUAAGAACUUUUCUUGUCAAUACAGAGCAGUCAGUGUAGACCCUUCUUAAGAAACAGUACAUCUUCAGUUAAUUGAACUUAGUGUUUUUCUUGAAGCGAAGUGUUCCUGCAACUCAUAUGUGAGUUGAUUUGUAAAUUGAAACUAUCUUGAAAGAGUCUUUGAGACAGACUAAGACUGGACAUUCUGUGAGAACACUCACUUCUCAUCAAGACUGAUGAGCCCCUUGGGGUGACCUGCAUCUAUAGUCCCACCUCCUCCUGAAGCUGACACAGAAGGAUCACAAGUUCAAGGCAGUUUAUCGAGAUCCUCUCUUUAAAAGGGUUGGGAAUAUAGCUCAGGACUCCUUGGGUUCAAUCCUCAGUACCAGAGAGGAAAUACUGAUGCACUCAGUUGAUUAUGGCCUCAGAGAUCUUUAUAAUCUCAGAGUACAACUUUGUGAUAUAGUCCCUUUUGCAGAGAAUAAAUGUUAAAAGUCAAACGCAAUCAGUGUGCCAGUUACCUCCACUUGACCAAGUCCUAAAAGUUGCAGGGCACAAACUGUUUCUAAUAAAAUACUUGGCAUUCACUACACUUUCUUAAAUUCACCAACCUAAUAAUGACCAAUGGUGGCGGCCAACCACCUCAAGGGAUGGUUAAAAAAACAAAUGUUUAUUGAUUUCAGUAAAAGCUUGAUAAUCUCAUUAAACUGAUCCUAGAUUUUCUGUCAAAUCACAACCAUAUUUCUGUAGCUCAAGUGCCAGAGUUACAUAAGCUCACUAAGAGAGGAAAAACUCACUGCAGUUAGUCAUUUUCUCCUCAUACUUCCUAGUUCAUAGGGCCUGGUGGAUUCCUGUCAAGCAUCUCAAAAUCAUUACUUUUUCCCCCAAUCUGGAUUCCAAAAUUUUCCAUCAUGUAAUCUCUCCAAAGUAGCCCUACUACCUAUCAGUACCUACCAGUGAGAUUCUUCUCAAGAUUAUAAGAUUUAAAGCAUCAGGAGGACUUCCUUUGAUCAUGUGAGGAUUUCAGACCAGAAGAUGAAAGAUGUGCUGUGUUUGAUUAACAGUAUACCUUUGCCACAGAAAUCAUCAACUCAAUCUCCAGAGAGACAGGUAUUGUCAGUUCCUGUUGCUUCAAGUGGGACAAAAGUUCUCCUUGGUGCUUCAUUAUUGCUGAGUGAAAUGGAUUCAGAGUCUGACGAUGAGUAUUUCGACGCUGAAGACGGUGCCUCCCAGGUGCCUAGAGGUGCGCCAGGCUCCGAACCCCGAAAGGCUGCGGAGGUUCCGAACGAGGCCCUCGUUAAUCUUCUGCUCAAGUUUGAAGUUAAAGAAGUAAUUUUGGAAUUUACUAAACAACAGAAAGAAGAAGAUACAAUUCUAGUAUUUAAUGUUACUCAGUUAGGAACAGAGGCCACAGUGAGAACUUUCGACCUAACUGUGGUGUCUUAUUUAAAGAAGAUCAGCUUGGAUUACCAUGAAAUUCAAGGAUCAAGAAAAAAGCCCCUUCACUUGAUUAGCUCUUCUGACAAACCUGGGUCAGAUCUUUUAAAAGUAGAGUAUAUUAAGGCUGAUAAGAGUGGACCUAGUUUUCAAACCACUUUUGAAAAAACUGAACAGACAUUUAAGGUGGCCUUUUCCUCUUUGAACUUGUUGCUGCAAACCCAAGCUCUUCUCUCUUCUAUUAACUACCUGACAACCAUCCUUCCCUCCGAUGGGCAGAGCAUGGGCGGCCCACCAGGGGUGCAGAUCUCCACUGAGAAGCAAACAAAUUCCUCUCUGCAGAAAGUGAUUGUAUCCUCUAAAGACAGUGAUGUUAUUGGCUUCAGACUGUUUGCCAAGUUAAAUGCUUUCUGUGUCACCAUUUGCAAUGAGAAGAGCAGUAUUGCUGAAAUCAGGAUACAAGGCCUCGACUCUUCUCUUUCUCUUCAGUCAAGGAAGCAGUCACUUUUUGCCAGACUGGAAAAUAUUAUUGUUACAGACGUUGAUCCUAAGACAGUUCAUAAAAAAGCUGUGUCAAUAAUGGGAAAUGAAGUUUUUCGUUUUAACUUGGAUUUGUACCCAGAUGCGACUGAAGGGGAUUCAUACACUGACAUGUCCAAAGUGGAUGGCGUGGUGUCGCUGAAUGUUGGCUGCAUUCAGAUUGUCUAUCUUCAUAAGUUCCUUGUGUCCCUUUUGAACUUCCUGAACAAUUUCCAGACAGCCAAAGAGGCCCUGAGCGCAGCCACCGCGCAGGCUGCAGAAAAGGCCGCCACCAGUGUGAAAGACCUUGCCCAGCGGAGUUUGCGCUUCUCUGUCAGCAUUAAUUUGAAAGCACCCGUUAUUGUCAUCCCACAGUCUUCUGUUUCCAGCAACGCUGUUGUGGUGGACCUUGGUUUGAUCAGAGUUCAGAACCAGUUCAGUCUUGUGUCUGGGGAAGGGUCUGUAAAUCCUCCUGUGAUCGAUAGAAUGGAUGUGCAGCUCACGGACCUGAAGCUGUCCAGGACAGUGAUCCAACCAGGCACCUCCCAGCCUGAUAUUCAGCUGUUGCACCCAAUUAACUUUGAGUUUUUUGUAAAUCGAAAUCUUGCUGCAAAUUGGUAUCAUAAGAUACCUGUUGUGGAAAUUAAAGGACAUUUUGAUACAAUGAAUGUUUGUCUAAAUCAAGAAGAUCUUAAUGUUUUGUUUAGAAUACUGUCGGAAAAUCUUGGUGAAACUCCUGAAGAGUUAGAUAAAGUGAAACCAAGAGUACCAGAGACAGGUGAAAUCAAAGAUGCCCCUGAAAUUUCUACAUCACAGAGAUUACAAGCUUCGAAAGAUGCUUCAAGAGCUGAAAGAGAAGAAAUUAGAUCUGUAAACAUUGUUAAUGUACUGCUGAAUUUUGAAAUUAAAGAGGUUAUGGUGAUGCUGAUGAAAAAGGCGGAAAAGAGUGGGAGGCCAGUGCACGAGCUCAGUGUCCUGCAGCUUGGAGUGGAAGCUAGAGUUCAAGCUUAUGCCGUGACCGCUGAAGCUUAUCUCCAGCAAGUCAGCAUGCGGUGCCUGGAUUUCACUGACGCAGAAGGAGGCCCUCUGCACAUCGUGCGCUCCUCUCGCGUGACUAAGGAGCCGCUCCUGAAGAUGGCCUUGACCACGGCAGACAGUGAUGGACCGGAAUUUAAAACUGUUCAUGACAAUACCAAACAGAGACUAAAGGUUUCAUUUUCAUCCUUAGACAUAUUACUUCAUUUAGAAGCUUUACUUUCCCUUAUGGAUUUUUUGUCAUCGGCUGCUCCAUCCUCUGAGUCGUCUUCUAGGAAGGAAUCUGAGCUAAAACCACUUGUAGGGGAGUCCAGAAGUAUUGCCAUCAAAGCUGUAUCUGGCACCAUUUCUAAAGAGGAUAUGUUCGAUUUAAAGGUUACAGCUGAAUUAGAUGCUAUUAAUGUUGUUGUCUGUGAUCAGAAGUGUUCUACAGCUGAUGUUAAAAUACAUGGAAUGGACGCCUCUGUUUCUGUGAAGCCAAAACAGACUGAUAUGUUUGCCAGACUUCAGAAUAUCAUAGUAACAAAUGUUGAUUUGAAGUCCAUUCACAAAAAGGCUGUCUCCAUCUUGGGAGAGGAAGUCUUCCGGUUCCAGAUGACGUUAGCUUUGGAAAAUUUUGCCUUAUCUGAGCUGUAAGGCAAGACAAACACAGAAGCAGUUGUCCUGAGUCCUGGCUUCUUCACAGCCCUCCAGCUAUGGUCAAGCCCUGAAGGCACCUGGGUACUCAGGGGUCUGAAACAGAGUUCAAGCGAAGAAUUAAUUGAACUGCAUAUUCUACACCCAAAACUAAACGCCUUGGAGAUGACUCCACACAGGAUAUCCAGCCUCAUCCAGAAAAAUUGCACACCUAAAAGGAUCCUUUGGAAACACUUCAUAAAGCUAUCUGCCUUGAAUUUACUGAUCUAAAA